AGUCGGUGACCAGUCCUAUUGAAACUAGUCUUAGUAGACCAGGACAUCAUGAGAUUGUUAUUUCUGCUGCCAUGUUUGUUGGCGUAUUGUUUAAGUGAGACGAUUGAGGAUGGGGAAGUGGAUUGGUGGCAGAGUACCAUUUUCUACCAGAUUUAUCCACGGUCGUACGCUGAUAGCGACGGAGAUGGAAUUGGUGAUCUUAAUGGAAUCAGAUCAAAAUUAGAAUACAUCAAGGAACUCGGAGUUGGUGCGAUUUGGCUGUCGCCGAUAUUUCAGUCCCCUAUGUACGACUUUGGGUACGAUAUUGCGGAUUUCUACGCCAUCCAUGAUGAGUAUGGCACGAUGGCUGACUUUGAAGCACUUACGGCAAGAGCUUCAGAACUCGGAAUAAAAGUGGUAUUAGAUCUAGUGCCUAACCAUUCAUCCAAUGAAAGUGAAUGGUUCAAAAAAGCACUGGAGGGUGAUUCGAAAUACUACAAUUAUUUUGUAUGGGAAGAUGGUGUGACUGAUGAGAAUGGAAAUCGACAACCUCCGAAUAAUUGGCUCAGCCAUUUUCACGGCAGCGCCUGGGAGUAUAGAUCAGAAACGGGAAAAUACUAUUUACAUCAGUUCGUUGUCGGUCAGCCAGAUCUUAACUAUCGAAACCCUGAACUGGUUGCCGAGAUGAAUAAUGUUGUCCGUCACUGGCUAGGAAAAGGAGUGGCUGGAUUCAGAGUAGAUGCAGCCAACACUUUAUUCGAAGUUGAUAAAGAAAAAUAUGGUGGCAAGUAUCCUGAUGAACCCUUAUCAGGAGCCGUGGGUGUGGCUUUAGACGACCAUGAUUCGUUGAACCACAUUUAUACUAAGAACCAAAAUGAAACUUACUAUAUAAUCUAUGAUUGGAGAGAUAUUCUCGAUGAGUUUAAAGCCAAAGAUGGGAUGUCAAGGACAAUGAUGACCGAAGUAUAUGCUAGUAUUCAAGAUGUGGUCAAAUAUUUUGGUGUUGGAGGAAGAAACGGUGCACAGAUGCCGUUUAAUUUUGAUCUUAUUACUGAUGUUAAUGCAGCGUCGUCCGCUCCUGAUAUUAAAAGGGCUGUUGAUAAGUUUUUAACAUAUAAGCCUUUGGAUAAAGAUGCAAACUGGGUGGUGGGCAAUCAUGACAACCAUCGGAUGGCUUCGAGAUAUGGCGCCACAUUAGUCGAUGGUAUAAACAUGAUUGUGUUGCUUCUCCCUGGUGUAGGAAUUACUUAUAUGGGUGAAGAAAUUGGUCUCUUGGAUGGUGAAGUCACUUGGGAACAAACAGUUGAUCCUGCUGGAUGUAACACUGAUGCUGACAACUACCAAAGAUAUUCCAGAGACCCUGAAAGAACUCCUAUGCAAUGGAAUUCUCAGGCAAAUGCUGGUUUUUCAAAUGCUUCCACGACUUGGUUGCCAGUAGCCAGUAACUACAGGACAUUAAAUGUGGAAGCCCAAAAAGCAGCCACGAGGUCACAUUUGAAGAACUACCAGGCUUUAGCAAAUUUGCGCCUGGACAAAGUGUUCAGACUUGGACGCUUCGAGUCGCUUGCUUUGAACGAAGAUGUCUUCGCUUUUAAAAGGUGGUACAACGGAGAAGUUUACCUUGUGGUAGUGAACAUGCGAGACACGGCUCACGACGUGAACCUGACAUACUUUGAAAACGUCGAGGGUGACGUCACAGUUGUGAUCAGGAGCGUGGACUCCAAGAAGAAUGAAGGAGAGGUUUUCUCCGCUUCUUCGGUCCCAAUAGACGGGUAUGAAGCUGUGGUGUGGAAGGCAAAAACCAGUGGAGCUACAGAACUGAAGAGUCUAAGCAUUGUAUCACUGUGCUUCGUAUAUUUACUAGUUUAUCUGUAUUCAAAUGCUAACAAUUAGUAGUUUGAAAUUACUUUACGAAGUGCAACAAAUCUUUCAGUGUAAAAAGUGUAUAUUUGUAUAAGGAAAUUGUUUUAAGUAUGGUAAGAUAUGAACGAGCAAGAAUAUAAUUAUGGAAAUUAUGUAUUAUUUAUUGUUGAGAAUGUCUUUAGGCAUUACGUCCACUAUUUGUACUUUAUUUGUUAUAUUGUUCAAUAAAGUUUGAAUAAAUAAAAUAAAAUAAGUACCUAAUUAUUCGCAAUAAUAAAUUUGACAGAAAAACCUA